AUGUUCUAUCUACGGCACAAUACAUCUGAAACUUCCGAGAUUCGGCUGGCCCCCGCGCAAGGUUUGGCGUUAGAAGACACCGCAAUGCUGAUUCCAAAGUCGACUACAUUGUCUCCGUUUGUCGAUUACCGCGCGUCAACUAUUGGAAUCUCGACUUCCUGCAAACCAAUCACGGACAAAUGUCAAUUCGGUGUUUGGGGAACGAAUGAUGCCUAUAGCGGUUUCUACUGCAGUCCUUAUUUCUACGGAGUCUUAGGCAAGACAGCCAUCAUUGCCAACGAUUCGACGACGACGGACGAUCCAGACAUUCCCCCUUUGGCCUCCAAACUCAGUCCGAACUUACAGAUUGCGUUCUUUGAGGACGAGGCUCUGGGGAUUCCUUAUAAUACGCGUGCGUACGAUCUCAACACCGGCAAAUCAAACACUUCUAUCCCUUUACUGCCAGAUGACAAACUUGUCAACGAGGUAUGGGUAGCGGUUGCAGGAAGAGUUCCCACAAGUGCUCUACGAGCUAACAGCGAGUUGGGCGGCGAUCCCAACUUUUUCAAGGGCACCGAAUUGCUUCUGGACAUUGUCAUUAGAUGUCGGUACCAGGCACUUGAUGUUGAAUAUACCUGGUUCAACGGCACCGUUCAAAAUGUUCGCCUCAAAAAAAUUGACAAUGGCACCAUUUCUGAACUCUACCACGGCUACCGCACACCCGCCUCAGUUUCCGGCACCAAUCCAACAUUGCUCGAUAUUCUGUCUCAAGCCGCAAUGCAACUAAACACAACCGAGUUUUGUCGUACUUGGGCAAAUCUGUUCUCGGCGGAAGUUAUGAGCAUAGUUGGCGGUGUUACAUCUCCUCGAUCAAAUAUUCUACAACAGGAUCGUACACCACGGUUAGUGGUGAAAAUCUGGAUUCCAUCCUUGGUUUGGCUGCUUCUUUGCUGUCUGAUGUACCCCGUUGCUGGAGUCACGCUCGCGACCCUCGCCGCCGAAACUUCGCGGGCCGGUCAUAUACAAAGCGCGGUCUCAAGGAUCAGUCUAUCUGGACUUGCAGAACAGGGCUUCUUAGCACAACUCGAAGAGUCGGCCGCUGGGACUUCUAGGAGAGGGAUCAUGGAGGACGACACUGUACGGGUGGGUUUUGGAAACGAUUUGCGGUUUAAAAAGUGGGCCGUGGAAGCUAGAUCUAGGUUUCACGGCAGCGGGGCUGGCGAAAACUAA